AUGCAGUUCAGAAGCAGUGGUGAGCUGGGGGUUUACCUCCAUCCCAGAAAGAUGACUUUCUCCAGCCUCUGCUAUCCAGACUGUGGGGUGGCCCGACCCAGUCCAGUUACUGGCAGCUGCAACGAGCCGUGCGUUAGGCAGUGCCCUGACUCCGAAGUGCUGAUCCGACCCUCCCCGGUUGUUGUGACCCUCCCCGGACCAAUUCUCAGCUCUUUCCCUCAGCAGAGCGAAGUGGCAGCCGUAGGAGCACCUGUGGUCGGAGCUGGUUUCGGAGGCUCAUUCGGUUUGGGGGGAUUGUACGGCUAUGGAGGCCGUUAUGGAGGGUUGUAUGAUUUAGGGAGAUAUGGUGGUUACGGGGGCCUUUACGGUUACAGGGGAUUAUUGGGCCACGGGGGAUACUGCGGUUACCCGGGCCUUUAUGGUAAUGGGGGAUUAUGUGGAUACGGGGGAUAUGGCCGUAGGUAUCUUGGUGGAUAUUGUGGACCAUAUUAAACCCAGCAGGAACAUCCGUGGAAGAAGGAAGAACCAGGAAAUGAACAGCAAGAUACAGAUUCACCCCUGAUCUUUUGGGCAUGGCUUUCAGAAGUGCUGUGCAAACAUGGCUCCACUUGAAGUCAGUGGGAGCUGUGUGUGCUCAGCACCUUGGUCUCAUAGCCAUGCUGCAUUUCUAAUGUUACGCUUUAGGACUCUUUCUGCUAGUGCUUUCCCAGCCAUGUGCUGAUUCUUUUAUUCACAUGUGGACUCAU